AAGGAUGAACAAGUCUACUGGUUUGGAUCUGGUAUUUUCAUCAUAUGAAUCGCUGGGUCCAAGAAAAUAUGUAUUGAUUAUUUUUAUUUUCUUAGUUUACUCAGUUGCAACCUUAGCAAACAUAUGUAUAAUGCUUGUUAUCUACUUAGAAUCAAGUCUCCAUAAGCCAAUGUAUAUAUUUUUGUUUAACCUGAUGUGCAGUGGACUGCUCGGAAGCAGUGCUGUUUGGCCAAAAGUUCUUUCAAAUCUCCUAACUGAUUGGCACACUAGUUCGUAUGAGGGGUGUCUUCUCCAAGUCUAUUUGGCUAGUAUUUAUGCUGCUUGCACUUAUUCUACUUUGACAGUAAUGGCCUAUGAUAGGUAUGUAUCCAUUUGUAACCCAUUACAGUACCAUAUUAUCAUGAAUCCCUGUAAAAUUAAAAUUUGGCUUAUGUUAAGCAACUUAGUUCCUGUUUUCUCAAUAGCUGGUCAAGUAUAUUUGACAUCAAGAAUUCCCUUAUGCAGCCGUACUCUUAAUAAGCUAUUUUGUGAUAACCUUUCAAUCAUUAACAUAUCAUGUAGUACGAGUCUUAGCUUUUUAAGCAAUGUGUAUGGUUUACUAAUAAUAGUGUGUUUAUCUGUGCUCCCUACAUGUCUUAUAUUGCUGUCUUAUGUCAAAAUACUUUCUGUUAGUUUAAAAGUGUCAAAAAAUGGUCAAAACAAGGCACUUGGAACAUGCCUUCCUCAUUUGAUAAUCUUCAUUAACUUUUCAAUUGCCACGGUUUUUUCUCUUAUAUAUAACAGAUUUACUGUGCUUAUAUCUAGUGAGAUGAAUGUCUUUAUGUCAGUCCAAAUAACACUUUUGCCACCACUUUUGCAUCCAGUAAUAUAUGGUGUUAGAACCAAAGAGAUCAGAAAAUGUACUGUUAAAAUAACCCAGAGAUUGUGUGCAUCAACAAUCUGUUUUUAUACUUCGAUACUAAAAGUACCUAAAAUAUUUGCAAUUUCUUGA